UCACGUUCCGUCCUGGCACGGUCUGGCUUUCACAUAUCCCACUGUGGAGUAUUCCUUUCAAUAUCGCCUAGAAAAUGGUCACACCGGAGAACUUGUCUGGCGAGAUAGGUGGUCAAAGGGAGCCUCAGUUUGACCAGGACACGUCCGCGAUGUCAGUGGACAUGGACUCUGCAAUCGUUCUUCUUGGAGCUGGGGUGACGGCGAUCACACACCCUCUGCUGUACGUCAAGCUGUUAAUUCAGGUUGGACACGAGCCCCUCGCCCCAACUGUUGGAACCACCAUGUUUGGGAGGAAAGUGUUGUAUCUUCCGGGAUUCUUCUCCUAUGCACAACACAUUGUACGGGUGGAUGGAAAGCGGGGACUCUUUCGAGGUCUGUCCCCUCGUAUUAUGUCCAGUGCCAUCUCCACCAUGGUCCGGAGUAAAGUAAAACAGGCAAUUCCAUCAGAGCAGGCAGAACAUGUAUCGAACAGAGACAAUUUGAAGACCUCCCUCAGGAAAGUGGUCAAAGAGACCUCACAUGAGAUGGUCAUUCAGUGCCUGUCCCGGAUAGCCACUCAUCCCUUACAUGUUAUCUCAGUGCGCUGCAUGGCCCAGUUUGUGGGGAGAGAGGUCAAGUACAGAGGGUUGUUCAGCUGCAUCAACAAAAUAUUCCAGGAGGAAGGCGUAGGGGGGUUCUUUGUGGGGGUUGUGCCCCAUGUCCUGGGUGAGGUCAUCUUCCUGUGGUGUUGUAACCUCUUGGCCCACUUAAUAAACACUUAUGCUGUGGACGACAAUUUCAGCCAAGCCCCGGCAGUGAGAAGCUACACUAAGUUUGUGAUGGGGAUUGCAGUAAGUGUGUUGACGUACCCUUUCAUGCUGGUGGCAGACCUAAUGGCUGUUAACAACUGCGGUCUGGUGGCUGGUCUUCCCCCUUAUUCACCCAUCUUCAAGUCCUGGGUCCACUGUUGGGCUCACUUGAGCCAUGAGAGACAUCUUUUCAGAGGAUCUAGCUUUUUCUUCCGCCGUGUGCCUGUGACAGCAAUGACCUUGACUGAGGAGUGACGGCAUCAACCACCAUAUCUGUUCUCCCUGCUUAUCUGUACACUGAGAGGGAUCUACAACCCAGCCCACCUUAAAUCCCUUGGAAGAUACAGCAGGAGCAGCAAAAUAUUAAAGGGCAAGGUGAUAUACUUCACUUUAUUCCUCUGAAUCAAAGUCAAAAUUGUCUAAAUAAUAAUAUAGCCACUUGCUUCUAAGAGAAAAGUGAAGACAUUUCCCUUAAGCCCUCUAUACAUGAUCAGCACCAAGAACGCUUUGUUCUGGCUGUCCCAUUAAUUUGCUGUGUGGCAGGCAUUUAAAAUCCAAACUAUCGACAGCAUGUAACCGAGGUGCAGGUCAACCCUCAGUGCAGCACUCUAAGAGCUCUUUUACGCAGCUUUCAAAGGUCAUGUAUUUUCAUACGCCAUCACUGAUCUCUUGCCACGCACCCAGUGGCAUUUCUGGUUGAUUUUGUAGUCGUUGUCAUGGUGCCCCAGCUCUUGUACCAAGUGUCAAAUCAAAAGUGUCAUAUGGACACACAUUUGCCUUUCCCUACAGACUCUUGUUCUCCAAUGAGUGAUCAGGGAAUAGACUAGGGCUUUCUUCUGUUUUAAGCUAACAUAAUAGUAACAACUAGCUAGCUAGUAAACCAUAGCGCUAUAGCUACGUACACUACUAUGGAAGACUGUUUGGGUCUUUGUGUGUCAGAAUUUACACCUUAAAUAACGCUAUUUAAGAAUUUUGAAAUUGAAUAUAGAACUAUCCUGAAAACAAUGACCAGCAACUUCAGUCAUUUUUGAUUUUCUUAGCAAUGAUUUAGCUUAAUGUGACUAUUUACUUGUUCUAUUAAAAUAGCUGGACAUGAAAAUAACUUUGAUAAAGAACUAAACUAAUAGCCCUGUAGACCCUAGCAAAAGCUAACUAACGUUGGUGACGAUGGUUCAUAUUCAAAUGCGGAUUGGUCAAUAAGCUUUUUUGAUGUGUCAAGUAGUGCAAUUUAACUUGUCUUUAUUGACAAACAAAGACCCAAACCCUGUUCCAUAAACUAGAAACUGUCGGUGACUACAUGCUGAUGUCAGAAAGCGCCCUACAUAUCAGAGAUCAAGGCUCUGAUCUUGUAUAGGGACUGUUAGUGAGCAAACUGUUUCCCUUAGUGAGCAAAAGAAAAUACUGUCCAAAUGAUUUCCUCUUUACCCUGUCAUGUAAAAAAGUAAUUUAAUUGAUCACCAAUACGUUUUCAAUAAGAGCUAUGCCACUCUGUCAGCAUUUUUUGGACUGUUUUGUAAUAUUUCAAUCUGAAGAAUGGAAGAUCAUCAGGAAGUUAUCUAUGUAUAUGAUCACAUCUAACUUGUCAGCGUUCUGAUGGAACAAAUGGGUUCCUAAUGUUUGUAGGAAGAAUACAUAAACCAGACCUUCUCCUCUGACCUCUCCCAUUUUGCCCACAGAACGGCUGCUCACUGGAUGUUUUUGUUUAUUGUACCAUUUUCUGUAACCUCUAGACACUGUAGUGUUUGAAAAGACCAGAAGGUCAGCAGUUUCUGAGAUGUUUGAACCAACGCAAAUGGCACCAACAGUCAUACUAAAGUCACUCAGAUCACACAUGUUCCCCAUUCAAAUGUCAAGUUGAAAAACAGCUAAGCUUAUUGACCAUGUCUGCAGGCUUUAUAUAUUAAGGUGCAGCCACAUUGAUUUGCUGUUUGGCUAUUUGCCUUAUCAAGAAGGUAUAACUAAGUGGCUGGCUAGUGUAAUCUUUCUAUCCUGGCCCAAACCUUUUAAUUUGAUUUAUUGAUUUGUUUUGUAUUUCUUAAUUUUCAUAUAGUUUAAGUCUUAGGUAGACUUUGGAAUUUGGAAAGAUAGUUAAGGUAAUCUAUGAAAUAAAUGCCAAAUUUGCAGGAUCAAUAGCAAGAUUAUUGCAGCAUUCAAAAGUGCUUUUUUGACUAUUGUCAGAAGUCCUUGAUGCAGAAAGAAAUCUAUUCAGAAGCAUCAUAUGACCAUAAUAGAGGGCCCCAGCUUGUAGUCCUAACCCCAAAAUAUUUAGGUUUUUUACUUUUAUUGAAUUCUGGAAAAUUGAAUACAAACAUUUAUAGGGUUUUGGGAAAUGCACCAGACCUGCGUAGGUUAACACUGGUUUAGGAUAAUUUAUGUUUUGUUUUAUGAGAUAAUCAGUCUAACUGACAUUUUAUGAACUGUGAACACUUGAUAUGCAAGAAAAACUAAAUGUCAGUUGCUAACCUUCAGUUUUAUCUUACCAGCUUCAACAAAUAUGCAGGGAUAUAUAAGUUUUUAUAUUUUUUUCCAUAUACAGUAUACUUCUCCCCUUCAUAUGUUGGGAUGGCCUUGACUAAUGGCUGCAAGGACUCGACCACUGUGCCUCUCAGGAGACCCAGAGUAUAUACUAUUGCUUCAGACAGCAACCGUAUCUCUUCAGUGAAAAGGUGCUUUUUAUCAGUUCCAAAAAUAGUUCUAGAUUUAAGACUAGAUGGCUAUCUUCUUUUAACUAGACAUUGCAAACAGCAACACAAGUGGUUAUUUUACAGUGAAGCACGCAGUAUUUCAGAUCUAGGACUUUGGUCUGCUUUGUGUUUCUAUUUUUGUAAUGGAAAAAGUAUAGUGAAACUAGUAUUGUCACAACCCAAAAGGAAAGUGACAUGUAAUCCUACACCCCCUUUGCACAGUCAUCAUAUCUAGCACAUUUUCCAAAUAAAUAUUGAUUAUUAACACCCAAGAGCUAUUAUUUGGUGGAAGCACUAUUGGCAGCUGUUACUGUGAAUAAUUGUAAAUAAUAUUUUACUAACUUUGCAUAUGAUUUAUUUAUAGUUUUUGUCAAAAUAGUUUUUCCUCAGUAUAUAUGUUUGGCAUUUGUUAAUAAAGCUAUAUUUCAGUUGUCUCAGAUCUUUCCAGGAACUGUACAUCAAUUCUUAGAGUGAACUAAAUAGGAAAAUCCACCAAUGCUUUCAAAAGCCAUUCUCGCGUGUCUUUGGCAAUACCUGUUUUUAUAAUUGUUCAGCUUAAAACUUCAUCAAUCAGUUGGAAUUUCAGAAGAAAGGGAUAUGUUUUACUUGAACAUUUUAUCUGGAAAUUGACCUUUUAUAUUUAUUUUGUUCCAAAAAACGACCUAGUACUUACCAGAAUGGCUUUUCCCGUGUGUUGUCUUUUCAUGCAUAGCUUAAGUAUUUACUUACAGUACAUUAGCUACUGCAAUAUGGCUUCAAUAUCAGUGACCUCCCUAUCAAAUGUACUUUAUAAACAAUCAAUAUACAGUUUCCCUUAAAAGUUGUGUUAGUAGAAUUAAUUGCUGUAAUUGCUGCCAUAAUGUUAUUACCAACUUUUAACUCUGGGCUGAGAAGACGUGCAAUCAAAAUAUCUUUGUGUUUUGUUAUUAUUUUAUUGAAACUGUUAUUAUUUAAUUAACAUUGAAAUAUAGGUAUUGAUUAUUUAGAAGAAAAAACUGAAGUAUUCCUCUUUUAGACUUCAUGUUAUCACAGAAAAACACAGCACAUUUGAAAACUACAUGGAGUGGGUAGAAUUUCAUUUUCCACUGUAAAUAAAGGGUAAGGGUGUGUCCCUGAAUCUUUUCCUCACAUCUGUUGUAUGAGUUCCUUUUGUCUAUAGUUGAACUUCCCAGUUAACCAGACAGUUGUAAUUUUACCACUUGUAGUGCAUAUAUUGUACAUAUAUAAGUAUUUACCUUACUUUUUGGUUUAAAUAUUCCUUGUCUUCCCUUGCACCCAAUGUUCACUGUUAAUCAUAAAAUGAUCCUGACCAGUUCUUUGCCAAGUGGGGAGCAGCAUAUUAUAUUGUCUUAAGCAUUUGAACCUUUUUUUAAUCUUUCUAUCAUGUAAUGAAGCAAUAAGGCCAAAGACGCAGUUCUUUUUCAUGAAUAGUCUUGUCUGUGGUAAGUGUAUUCAUGAUACAGCACUGCUGUAGUGCCUUAUUGCACUAAUAAAAUGUGACAUGUUGAAUUGUA